AUGAAUCAAAGACCUAAUUCAUCGCAGUUUAAUCAGUUCCAAUCAGGAUUCAUGCCUAGUGGAGGAACUUAUACACCAGGUGCUGCUCCACCACCUCUUCCUCCUAGAGCAGUAAAUCACGGAACAGCGGGUUAUAAUCCGUACAUGCGGAAUUCUAUGUUAGGUUACGGCGGCUAUGGGUACACAAGUGGAUUUCCCUUUGGACAAUUCAACCCCGGGUUCGGAUCCUACCCCUAUGGAUCCAGUUAUGGAGCAGGACCAAGUGGAGACGUCGAGAACAGGAUAAUUCAGUUUGCGGAAGAAAGCACCAGGCCGGCUUUCCAAUCAAUCCAGUCGAUCAUCACUACGUUUUCUUCUGUAACAAUGAUGCUGGAGUCGACGUUCCUGGCCAUGACCAGCUCGUUCCGGGCGAUUCUUAGUGUCGCUGAAAAUGUUGGGAAAGUUAGAUCUAUGUUUGUACAGUUGUGGAAUACUUUUGCGCUGAUACGAUUCGCUAAAUGGUUGUACAAAUAUGUUGCUUAUAAAUUAGGAUUUUCUUCUACCGAUCCUAGAGAUGAAAGUCUAUGGAAAAGCGUCGAAUCAGCUGUUGGAGGUGAAAAAGGACCUUCAACAUGGCCAAUUCUUUUAUUCUUCAGCCUGUUAGCAGUGAUACCCUACCUAGUUCAUAAGUUAGUCAACAGUGUGCAGCAAUCUAAGCCAGCAGCAGCAGUAAAUCCCCAGGCUUGGUUUGAAUUAAACGAACCUGUGUACUGGGCAACGGCGAUGUACGACUUCAACGCUGGAUCCCCUGAAGAAAUAAGCCUGAAGACUGGACAAAAGGUCUGGCUUGCUCCGCAGUCCCUACAGCCAAAAAAUAUGCCCGGGUGGUCCCAGGCGACCGACAAAACUCGAGUCGGCUUUAUUCCUUCUAAUUAUAUUAAUGUCGGAGCGCAAGUCACCAGGAAAAGUGAUACUGAUGCUUAUGCUUCUAACUCAAGUACUAAAGACUUGGAGGAGAGCUUCAAAGACGCUAAUGCUGAGACUAAAAGGCCAGAAUCUUGUAAUGAUGAAGAAUCUCUGGUUAAUAAUUCUGAACAUGUAGUUUAA